ACCAAAAUACGGCAUUUAGCUGUUCUAGUGAGAAAACAUGGCAUUUCUUCUUUCAAGUUGGUCGUCCAAUCUAAAAUCUUUGCCAAAAAACUACGUUGUAGCUGUAGAGAAGCCUCAAUUAAGCAAGGGCAUACCAGUGGUUGAUCUAGGUGAAGAAGGUCAAGCCAAUAUAACUCAGAAAAUCAUGAAAGCUGGUCAAGAAUUUGGCCUAUUCCAGGUGAUCAACCACGGAGUAUCUGAAGAGUUGAUGACUGAUGCUGUGAAUGUGGGCAGAGAGUUCUUUUCGCUGCCUGCUGAGGAGAAAGCAAAGUUCGUUGAUCAAGAUGCACAAAAUGGAUGCAUGGUUAACACCACCUCUGGAAGUUAUAGAAAUGGUUUACACCAGCACCAUACCAGUAUAUGAUGAAUUUUGAUCUCCUAUUGAGCCAGCGAAUUUUAGGCAGAUUAUCUUGAUAUAUCAUGAUACCAUAUUGUUCUACUCCAGUAUCAAUUGAAGGAACCUGCAUUUCAGAUUCUUCUG